GGCGGCGCUCAAUUCCGUUGUCGGCGUCUCCGUUUCGUUCACCGCCGCCAGCCACCAACGACAUUAACAUUAUAGAGUCGAGUGCGCGGGCACGGACGUCGCUUUCAUAUGCAAUCGCUAUAGCAUAUACAUAUAAUAUAUAAUAUAUAUAUAUAUAUGACAUAUUAUUUAUGUAUAUAAACAUUACUUUUAGCCGCCACUCAGUCCGUUGUCUGACAUAUAACAAUAUAAUUUCGCAAAAUUUCAUUACACUAUUGUAAUUCGCUUGCGGCUUGCGACCUCGUAAUAAUCGGAAAGUACGGUAGUGUAGUGUAAAGAAAAUUGAUAAUUCGUCAUCGACAACGAUAGCGGUGGUCGGCGUGGCGUGCAUGUCGUUCGGCGGAUUACGUACAAAUACGGUAAGCGAGAAGUGCAAGAGAAAGUAAAUGGUUUCAACACGGGCAUGCACAGUUGAGAGUAAAUCAAAGGGGAAAAAAAAUGAAAACCCUGGUGUCAAAGAUAUAAGAGGUGGUGUUAAGAUUAAAAUGGAAGCCAAUAAUCCAUAUGCCAGCUGUUCAAAUGAUGAUAGCGAAGAAGAGGAACAAAAUGUACAAAAAUUUACGCGUACUAUACAGUCAGGAUCGGCUCUUAAAGUGACUUUAAAGAAAACUAGAUCAUGCAGCAGUUCUUCCAGAGAAUCAGCUCAAUCUUUUGAAGUUGUAAAAAGUGUUCCUGUCACAUAUGGAAGUAAUAAUUCAGGCGAAGAAGAUGAUGACGAUCAAAAAGAUUCGGAACACGAUGAACUUGACAAAUCUUCAUCUUCCGACAAACAGAACGAUGAUGAAACCAUGGAAAAAGAAUCUGAUGAUGAUUCUCAAAGUGUACAUAGUUCAGGAAAAGAAGACGACGGAGACAGAACGACUGGAAGUCCUCAAGAAUCUGUAAGAGGUCAAGUCAGCCCGGCUGAUUCUGACACAGAAGUAUCAAAGUUGUCAAUAAAUAAAGUGGUGGAUUUAAAAACAGAAGAGAUACCUCAAAACUCAGCAACGGUGAAGACUGAAGAAAUUAAAUUAAAAAUAAAAUCAUUAAAAGAGGAACUAUUAAAGGAAGCAGAUCAGGAAGAUGAAGUAGUUAUCUUGAAGGAAGAUUAUAACAACGAACAGGCUUCCAAGACACCUGUUGAAAAUGGUGUGGAAAAAAAAGAAGCCAAAGAAAAUGUGAAAGAACAAAAGUUUAAGGUCAAUGUCCGUUCUUUCGACGAUUUGGCUGCUCCUCACACAGCCAAUUUGAUCAACAUGCCACCUCCAGCACAAAUUGAAACCUCACCAAAUUUUUUAACCCAAAAUGGGGCAACAUUUCCUCCAUUUAUUAAUCUUACUUGUAACGUUUGCGGAAUUACAUUUGAUACUUCAGAAUUGUUGACUGAACAUAAAAUAACAUUGAAACAUUUGAAAUGUUCCUAUAAAGAAUGUGAACCAUUGUUGUUCACAAGCUUGCAAGAGUUGAUGGAUCAUCAACGUUUGUUGCAUAAUAUCAUGCCUUCAUCAGUUCAACAAUUAGAACAUCAGGUUCAACGUUUACCUACGAUGGGUUACGAACAACAGAUUCAACCUGGUAGACCACUUACUGACAAUUUACCUCCACCAUCUGGCGUACCGAAUAUGUAUACUCAAACAUUAAGGAUGCCUAUGCAACGGGGUAUGAGACCAAUUGUCAGACAAACCAUGCCCCAAUUGAUCUCCAACCGAGGAAGGGGUUCAGCAAUCAUGAGAGGAAGAGCACCUCUUCCUGGUAUGAUGAGAGGCUCCAUGAAGAGAAGCGUACCUAUGCCUGUUAGACAAACUCCUCCUAUGAAACGUGUGGCUACUGAUAGAAAUAAUAUAAAUUCAGCUCCUCCAAUUGUCAAAUCGUUAUCAGAAUCUCUAACAAAGUCCAUAGGUGCUUCUAGCAAGUCGCCCGUCACCCAAAAAGACGUUGUCAACCUGUUAGGAAAACGAGGACUCACUAUAAGCACGGUGGAUACAACCAGUAAUAUCAGUAUACCUGCUGGUCUUAGUCUAAAUUCUGCAGUUUCUAUUAUUCCUACUUCCCCAAGUAAAAAAUUGGACACCGUCGAUUUAACUGGACCGGAUAAACCCCGUAGCAGCAAUUCUGCAGCACAAUAUUAUCCAUGUGUUCAUUGUGCAAAAACAUUUUUAACUGUUGACAGUUUGAAUGAACACAUAAGUCUUACACACAAAUCUGCUAAACUAGCAUUUAAGUGCAACUUAUGUGGGGCUGGUUAUCCAAAUUCUGCUGGUCUGAAUCAGCACAAGCAAACCUACCACAAAGGAGAAAUGGCUGGUCCUCAGUACGUCAUACCUGUUAUUGAUGUUAAUAGGCCGGGCUCGGUCGCAAGAUUACAGUCAUUGGGAAUUACAAAUUAUUUGCCAGUUGGUCAGUUGAACCACCAAGGCGGUGAAUUCGGAUUGCCAAUCAUGAAUAUCAUGAGACCCGGAAGUUUAGAUGGGUUGGGAGCAACCAACUACUUCAAUUUAGGUCCUAUUAAAAAAUUUACCAAGUACUAAACUAAUAUCAUUAUUUUUUGACAAAGCGUUUUUAUGCUUACGGUUUUUGAUGAACUGUAGAGAUAUUUGUGUAUCAUUAUUAUUUUGUGUAUAUUAUUAUGACUAAUUAUAAUAAUUUUCUAAUAAUAGUUUAUUUAAUUUUAACAGUAAUUUACUUUAUAUACAAGUCAAAAGAUGAUUUUUUUUUUAUUAAAUUGUUUUAUGUAUGUUGAAAACUUUUUUAUUAUAUGUCAAUUUAAAAGCAUUCUG